UAGCCUCAGUGUUAUCACAAGCACCGUGAGGCCGAGAGGCGAGAUGCUCACGGCGACAGACUGAUGCACGGAAGUACACUGUACUGGAAUACGUAUACCAAAGAACUGUGAAGCUGUAAAUAUGGAUCUGGAUAAAGUGAAAAAGAAAGCUCAGUUAGGAGAAGGGCCAUUAAGAAUAGAUCACAGUGACGUUUACUUCGAGAACGACCGUCUUGCAGAGGAGCUGGGCAUAUUCAAUGAUAUUCUGCUGAAAUACAAGCACCGUCAGCAUAUCAACCGUGACGUAGAGAUUAAAGAACUGCGGAAAACGUUGGGCGGGUUUGAAGCCAUGAAGAAGUCCGCUCAUCACACUAAGUCGGAGUCACGGCCGAAGACAACCCCGGUGUACAUGAAACGCCCGCAGAGGCCAGUGAGUACGGCCUCACAAGCCAGAGUUGUAAAGCUGAACGUUCAUAUUCCUGACGAUUCUGACUCUGACUGCAGUAGUAUCAGUAGCAGUGACGAUUCUUCUGUGAUGAGCAAGGAGGUUGUGUCUAAGGCUAAAGCUCAUAUACAGCCAAAAGUAAUAUCGAAAGAGGGUCUCAUUACAGCACAACUUGCAAACCGGAAGUUCCCGUCCUCAUGGUAUACUGAUGUUCUACUUCCGUCCGACGCUGUUGUCAAGAAAAAGACGCCCACUCCAAGUUCCAGUAUAGGUAGGAGCAGGUCUGCCUGUCACAGACCGAGAACGAGACAGAAACCUACUCGCGCCAACGUAGACGACAAAGAGUCAAAUGAAGCAGCAAACGAUAAACCAAGUCUCGUCUGCGGGCGCUCUAAAUCGGCUGUUCUUUCCCGCCGGAAGCUGAUUCAGAUGACGAAUUUGGACCACGCGCCUGACCCGGAGGAGAAAGCUGAACCUGUUGUGGCAUUACGUGAGAUGAACAGAAUUCAGAAUGAAAGGCUUCAAGUUCGUGUCAGAAUGUUUUUGGAUUCCUUAGACGAGCUCAAGAAAAGACAGGCAGCUGCCCGACAUUCUAGAAAAAUGAGCAAUAUCUACGGCAACACUGGGUUUUAUGAUGACCAAGAACCUUUGUGGAGAUAGCGUGUGAUAGAUGCGCGUGUUAUCAAUAUUUAUGCAUAGCUGUUGCCCACGGAUAUGUAACAUUGCUCUGUCAAUGAUUAUUGCUUAGGUCAGACUUUGUUAAUUGCAAUAUGAAAAUCAUUAACUUUCAAUAUAAAAUAAUAUUUCAAAUACUGUGAUUAAAAGUUGAUUUUAUCCCCCA